AUGGCCGCUUGGGAUCGUCAGUCCGAGACUGUGGACGUCACUGUACCCGCCCGGCCCAACGACUACAUGGACCUCAUCCACGACACCAACGACAUCAUCUACGGCUUCGAAUCGCACACCGACCACCCGGGGCGGGUGUCCCUGGGGCACAUCUACGAGGACAUCCCGCACUACCGCCGCCAGUACCCCCCGGCCCCGCCCUCCGACGCCAGCAUGUACUCCACGACCUCCCUGACCCUGCUGACCAGCGCCUCCCAGGCCUCCCUCGCCACCACACCCACCCGCCCCGCCCAACCCAUCCCCGUCAACCCCGCCCGCAAAUUCCCCUUCCACAUCCCCAAAAAGUACCAGUGGGCGUUGUGGGCGUGUCUGGUGGUGUUCCUGGUGGCGCUGGCGUCGGGGAUCACGUCCAUCGCCCUGAUGAAGACAGAGGAGGACAACCACGCGGAGGAGAGCGUGGAGUUUGUGGAGGGGUUGUGUCGGCGGCGCGGGUGCCAGUAUCGGGAUGAGGACCUCCCGGUGGAUGAUGGGAAGGAUUUUGGGCCGCCGUCGUGCUACAUGCCGCCGAGUAAGAUUGGGUAUAAUUUGGUCAACCGGGAUGAAUAUGUUCCUGGUGAUUGGAACAGUGUCGGUAUUCUGGAAGCUAUCCAUACGCCGAUUGUCUUUGAUGAGGAACGCCCGCCGUCGGAAGCACAUUUUGCCUUUAGACGACCGGCAUUCCGAUCGGACUAUCUAUCGGAAAAUACGCUGCGGUUUCAGUUCUUCGAUUACAACACCAGCCGUUACGAAGUACCGGUCGAGCUUCACAAUGUACGGUCGACGCAGUUUAAUCCGAAUCGACGCCAGUACGCCAUCAACAUUACCAGCAGUAAUCCGUUUAAAUUCCGCAUUUACCGGCGGACGUUCGGAUCCGAGUCAUUCCUGUUAGAUACAUGCAUUGGUGGAUUGGUACUGCAAGAUCAGUUUCUGCAAUUCUCGGCCAAAUUGCCAUCGGAGCACCUUUUCGGUCUCGGCGAUAAUCGACUGGGCAGUCUCAAAAGGAAAAUGGACUGGGCCACCUGGGCCAUGUUCAACCGCGACGUGGACCUCUUGAUGAUGGAUACACGGGGAACCACGCCCAAGAACCUGUACGGAUUCCAGCCGUUCUACAUGGUCAUUGAGAAUGACGGGAAAGCGCACGGUGUUUUCCUUCGCAACAGCAACGCCAUGGAUUACACGCUUCUUCCCGGAAACGCCAUAACCUGGAGAACCGUCGGGGGUAUUCUGGAUUUCUACGUAUUUCUCGGUCCAAAACCGGAGGACGUCAUUCAGCAAUUCACAGCUUUAACCGGGAGGACUUUCAUGCCGCCGUACUGGUCGCUGGGUUUCCAGAUCGGGCGCUGGGGUAUGGAAUCGGCUGAACAAACCCGGCAACUGGCGCAGCGGAAUCUCCAUGAGAAGAUCCCGUUCGAUAUGGUGUUCGUCGACAUCGACUAUAUGGACGAGCGUCAGCCCUUCACGCAGAAUAAAACCGGACAAGAUUUCCACGCCCUCACAACGGAAAUGUUGGAAAGAUUUGGAAUUCAUUAUGGGGGCGUUGUAUUUCCUUCGGUUCAUGCCGACGCCAACGGAUCCGCAGCAGUACCAUAUACCACCGCCCAGGAAAAGGGAAUCCUCGUCAAAUGGCCACAGCGCAGUGUGGGCUGGGCGCACUCCAAUAAUGGAUUAAGUGUUGGAGGUGACUCGGUGCUCUUGGGAAAGGCCUGGGCAAACGGGCGCUCCGCCUACGUGGACUACCUGAACCCGAAAUCGGCGGAAUGGCUACAGGAUAUGCUGCACAUGCAGCACACCCAAUUAGCGGCCUUCUCCUCCCUCUGGCUGGGCAUUGCCGAACCGUCCUGCUUCGCUACCAACACACCGGUGAAGGAGGCCUGGUUUAUUAAGGGACGCGGUGAUCAGCAGGAUGAGAAAACGGUACCCGGGUACGGACGGCACUGGAACUAUACACUGCAGUGCGAUCCCGCUAGUCUACAUGAGCGUCCACCGUACAAAACCGCGGCUAUCCGCGAAUGGGAAGACCAAUCUACCAAGACCCAUCAGUCCUCAUACAAAAAAGAGCUGUUGUCUAGUCAGACGUUAUGUAUGGACGCCGUGCAGAGCGAUGGAGUGACCACCUACCAUCACUAUGAUGUGCAUAAUAUCUACGGUUUAACGGCUGCUCGCGCACUCUUCAGAGCAGCAAAACAAGUCAGGCUGAACCGGACGCUCAUUAUGGCCAAAGCGUCGUUUCCCGGGAUGCAGCAGUACGCCGGCCGUUGGCUAGGCGACAUCUCGUCGGAUAAACGAGACUUUCGCUAUUCGUUCCAAUGGAUCCUGGAAUAUAGUCUAUUUGGAAACAGCUACACCGGUGUGGAUAUUUGCGGGUUUUGGAGCCCUCCGCCUACCGCCGGUACCUAUCUAAAAACGGAACUAUGCCAUCGGUGGACGAUUGCCGGGGCGUUCUAUCCGCUGAUGCGCGCGCAUUCCUCCAACGUCAACGACUAUCACGACCCGGCGCGCAUGUUCGGCGAGAAGCCACCGGCGUACUUGGAGCAAGUCCGUAAAGCCCUGGAUCUGCGCUACAGGCUUUUACCGUACUUGUACACGCUCUUCCAUAUUGCACAUACCAAGGGGAACACCGUGAUGCGGCCGCUACAUCACGAAUAUACAAAUGUGGAUAUGAUCAAUUUCGUUAGCGCCGAUAGCGAACAGAUACAGUUUAUGUGGGGCGCGGCGCUGAUGAUCACACCCGUGCUGGAAGUCCGCGAGGGUACGGCGUUUGUCGAUCAAGUGAGGAUAACCUUCCCGCCGGACAGGUUCUACGAUUUCUUUACCGGGGAAGUAAUAGACCGUGAACGAGUGAAGUCACAGCAUGAGUCGGAAAUGUACAACUUAACUGAUGUAUCCAUCGGUCUGCAUGGUCGAGCCGGUCACAUCAUAGCGACCCAAAACAGGAACGAGCAGCUCAACACCAGAGAAAGUCGUAAGAAUAAUUUCACCGUGGUCAUAUUCCCGAAAAUGGAUGAGUACUCUAGUGGAGAGUUUUUCUGGGAUGACGGAGAAUCUCAAGAUACACACGAAAACAAGAACCACUUCUCGGCGUGGUUGCGGUAUAAAGGCGAAGAUUCCGUUCUAUAUCCGCUGCUGCCUUAUGGAUACUGGCAUGUCUUCAUUCUUGAAGUGAAACAAAACUGGACAGGAAUGGAGAACUACUUCAUUGAAGAAAUCCAGAUCUACGGGAUGCAGGCGCGCCGCUACCAGCAGGUGAUCAUCGACCGUCAGCACGAUCGCACCGGGGAAUUUAAAUUUGCUAACAAGAACGGCACUAAGAUUAUGACCAUCACCGGAGCCAUACCCAUGACCAAAACGAUGACCUUUCUCUUCACCAACGACGAUUGUCGACAGGAAGAUACAUAUUGUAAAUGCGACUUGUCAAUUCCCGCUGAGGAGGGGGUGAUACGCUCAGCUGAUUCCUUGAAAUGACCGGCUAAAGCAUUUAUUGAGUACCACCCAUCAGAACACCGUAGGCCGUCCAAAAAGGAAUGGGUUGUAGCUCACCACCGAAAACGUUUUGCCAACCGGCUACAAUCCAGUAGGACCAUAGUAAAGACCAAGUACGGGCCACUGCCUGGACUGCCACUAAUCACAAAAUCACUAUCCAGAGAAUUUCGUAAAUACGAGUGUAUUGCUGACUAAAUGUGAAACGAUACAUCUGCGUAAUAUGGUGGUCUGUCGCUAAAUCACAACGCCAUGUUCUGGUACAGUUGGUUCAGGUGUUACAGGAACGUGUGUUUUUUUUAUUAUAGAAUUACGUCAUUGCAAUUUCUGUAUAUAAUUUAUUGUACUGUACGUGAUAAGGAUAAAGGCAGAACG